AUGACAGCUUCUCCCCUCUCUCGUCUCGCCCCAGCUCUCGCUGCUCGAGCCUCCCGGACCAUCACAAAGGCCGUCCUCUCCAAGGAACAAUCAGAAGGUGUCGGUGCCCGUGUCCGUCGAUCCAUUGGACGUCCUGAACUCCGCAACCAUGACCCCUUCCUCAUGCUGGACGAGUUCAACGUUGAUAAGAACGGCGGCUUCCCUGACCACCCCCACCGCGGCUUCGAAACUGUCACCUACAUGAUCGAAGGUCAGUUCCAGCACGAGGACUUUGCAGGACACAAGGGAACCAUUGGACCUGGAGACUUGCAAUGGAUGACCGCCGGCCGUGGUAUUGUUCACUCCGAGAUGCCAGUCAAGUCGCAGACCCGUGCUCAUGGACUCCAGUUGUGGAUCAAUUUGCCCAAGGAACACAAGAUGUGCGAGCCCCAGUACCAGGAACUCCUCGACGGUCAGAUCCCACGUGCCACUCCUCAGGACGGAGUCGUUGUCAAGGUCAUCGCAGGAGAGUCUCACGGAAUCAAGUCCCAGGUCUACACCCGCACCCCCACCAUGUACCUCGACUUCAAGAUGGACAAGAAUAAGACCGUGACCCAAACCAUCCCCUCAACCUUCACCGGAUUCAUCUACAUGCUCAAGGGUAAAGCCUACAUCGGCGACAAGGAAUUCGAGGGCAACGCACACCACACUCUCACACUCUCGGAAGACGGCGCAGAGACGGUCAAGAUCGAGACCAAGGACGAGGAUGCACACUUUGUGUUCAUUGCUGGCGAACCCUUGAAGGAGCCUAUUGUUCAGCACGGCCCCUUUGUCAUGAACACGGAGAAGGAGAUCUACGAGACCGUUAUGGACUACCAGUAUGCCAAGAACGGAUUCGAGCGUGCCCGCAACUGGAGCUCCACCAUUGCCUAA